AUGAUUCUUGUCCUUGUGCAUGAUGGUGCUUGUCUUGCUACACAGUGGUGCUUAUCUUGGUGCACAAUGGUGCUUGUCUUGGUGGACAUUGGUGCUUGUGUUGGUGCUUGUCUUAGUGCUUGUAUUGAUGCAUGUGCUUAUCUAGUCAUUGUAUUAGUGCAUAAUGGUGCCUUUAUUGGUCCUUGUCCCGGUGCUUGGCUCGGUCCUAGUCCUGAUGCCUGUCCUAGUGCACAUUUAUUCAAAUCUUGGUGCACGUUGGUGCUUGUCUUUGUGCAUGUUGGUGCUUAUCUUGGUGCCUAUUCAAGAUGGUGCUUGUCUUGGUGCAUGUUGGUGCUUGUUUUCGUUCAUGAUUAUGCUUGUGUUGGUGCACGUUUGUGCUUGUCUUGGUACACGUUGGUGCUUGUCUUGGUUGAUAUCUCGGUGAAUGAUGGUGCUUAUCUUGGUGCACGUUGGGGCUUGUCUUAUUGGAUGUUGGUGCUUACCUUGGUGAACGUUGAUGCUUGUGUUGAUGCAUGUUGUUGGUGCACAUUAAUGCUUAUCUUGGUCCUUGUACCUAUGCUUGGCUUGGUUCCUAUCCCGGUGCUUGUCCCAAUGCACAUUUGUUCUAGUCUUGGUGGAUGUUGGUACUUGUCUUUGUGCACGUUGGUGCUUAUCCUUCUGCACAUUAGUGCUUGUCUUGGUGCCUAG